AUGAGUCGGCAACUGAACUUCAAGUCUGGUGGUGACAAGGGCACCUUCAGUGUGCACUCAGCAGUGAUGCCAAGGAAGGCCGUGGGCAGCCUGACUUCUUACCGUGCAGCUGGCAAAGGGGCUGGGACUGGCUUUGGCAGCCGGAGCCUCUAUAGUCUCGGAGGGAAUCGGAAUGUUUCUUUCAGUGUGGCUGGUGGUGGAGUUCGGGCUGGGGGUUACAGCUUUGGGCUUAGCUCUGCGUAUGGAGGGGGCCGGGCUAGUGGCUUUGCCGGCAGCAUGUUUGGCAGUGUGGCCCUGGGGCCCACGUACCCAUCCAUAUGCCCACCCGGGGGCAUCCACCAGGUCACUGUCAACAAGAGCCUCCUGGCACCUCUCAAUGUAGAGCUGGACCCUGAGAUUCAGAAGGUGCGCGCCCAGGAGCGGGAGCAGAUCAAGGCGCUGAACAACAAGUUCGCCUCCUUCAUCGACAAGGUGCGGUUCUUAGAACAGCAGAACCAGGUACUGGAGACCAAGUGGGAGCUGCUGCAGCAGCUGGACCUCAACAACUGCAAGAAGAACCUGGAGCCCAUCUUUGAGAACUACAUUAGCACCCUGCGAAGGCAGCUGGAGACGCUGUCUGGGGACAGAGUGAGGCUGGACUCGGAGCUGCAGAGCAUGCGGGACUUGGUGGAGGACUACAAGAAAAGAUACGAGGUGGAGAUUAACCAGCGUACAGCAGCUGAGAAUGAGUUUGUGGUGCUCAAGAAGGACGCAGAUGCAGCCUACACGGCCAAGGUGGAGCUUCAGGCCAAAGUGGAUUCUCUGGACAAAGACAUCAAGUUCCUCAAGUGUCUAUAUGAUGCGGAGGUGGCCCAGAUCCAGACUCAUGCCAGUGAGACCUCUGUCAUUCUAUCCAUGGACAACAACCGGGACCUGGACCUCGAUAGCAUCAUCACUGAGGUCCGCGCCCAUUAUGAGGAGAUCGCCCUGAAGAGCAAGGCUGAGGCCGAGGCGCUGUACCAGACCAAGAUACAGGAGUUGCAGUUGGCAGCUGGGCGGCAUGGAGAUGACCUCAAACACACCAAGAACGAGAUGUCAGAGCUGAACCGGCUCAUCCAGAGGAUCCGGUGUGAGAUUACAAAUGUGAAGAAGCAGUGUUCCAACCUGGAGACAGCCAUUGCUGAUGCUGAGCAGCGGGGGGACAAUGCUCUCAAGGACGCCCGGGCCAAGCUGAACGAGCUGGAGGGUGCCCUGCACCAGGCCAAGGAGGAGCUGGCCCGGAUGCUGCGUGAGUACCAGGAGCUCAUGAGCCUGAAGCUGGCCCUGGACAUGGAGAUCGCCACCUACCGCAAGCUGCUGGAGGGCGAGGAGUGCAGGAUGUCUGGUGAGAAUCCAUCCUCUGUGAGCAUCUCUGUCAUCAGCAGCAGCAGCGGCUAUGUCUACCACCCAAGCUCUGUGACCACGGACCUGGGACCUAGCAGUGUGGCAGGCAGCUCCAGCAGCACCCAAAGUGGGCAGACCAAGGCCAAAGGGGCACCAGUGGGAGACCUCAAGGACUCCCAGAACAAGAGCACUUCAGUCAGCUCCCCAGCCAGAAAGACCACCCGAUAA